AAUAAUAAUAAUAACAAUAACAAUGUUCAGCCUUACAACCAAAAUCAAAACAACAACGGCCAAACAUUCAACCAAAACAACAGCCAAAACAACGGCAAUAAUGGUCUACCUUUUAACAACAAUCAAAAUACCAACAACGGUUACAACACAAACAGCAAUACUCCAACAUACACUAAUGGAAACACCAAUAAUUUUCCUAACAACAAUAAUAAUGGCAACGUAAACACUAACACUAAUAAUGGCUACAAUAAUAACGCACCAAAUAACAACAACAACAACAACAACAACAGCAAUGGAUAUGGCAAUAACAAUGUCAAUGUCCCGAUCAACCCGGGAAAUAAUGGUGUCAAUGGUAACAGUGGAACCAACUAUGGUGCUACCAGCAAUAAUGGCAAUAGUAAUGUGCCUUAUAACAGUGGUUACAACAUUCCUAGUGGAGGUAAUGGUUAUAGUAACACAAAUGGUAUCAACAGUGGCUAUAACAAUAAUGGUCCAUCUUUUUCAUCAAAUGGUUAUAGCGAUCAGGGAGGAAGCAAGGUUAUCAUUAUUGUAGUCUGUGUUAUUGUUGGUGUUGCUUUGAUGGCAGGUGGUGGUUUAUUCUUCUUCUGCAAGAGGAAGAGGGAGAAGAAGAAGGAGAACAUGGCAGAUGCUUUCUUUGAGUUCUCUGCUGAUAAAAUGAGUGAUCAUAAAGUAUGAAUGAAAGAAAAAAGAGUUUCUUUUUAUCAAGCUCUCUAUUUAUCCUUUUUGUUUGUGUGUUGGUUGUUCUUAUUUUAAUUUAAAUACUAAUGCUCAAAGAAAUAUGGAUAAUUUUCGUCUCCCUUUCUCUUUUACUUGAACAUAUGCUAAAGUUUAAUUGGUGAUGGUGAUGCUCAAUAUUGAAAUAAUUCAUGUUUUUUCCGGAUAUAGUAAAGAGCAACAACUUUUGUAUAUAAA